AAACGGUAUCAAGUGAAACGCCGGCGUGGCCGCUCUCAUGUUUCCUUUUACGGAAAGGCUGCAAGUUGAUUGGCUACAGAACCAUCGCCGAACGCCGUCGAUCUCCAGUGCGUCGUCCUGCCUCCAGUGCGCGUGCGCUCUCCCGCCGUUUUUUUUGUUCGUUUCCUGUUUUGCUCGCGCAGCGAGAUAGAAGGACCAACGCCGUAAUCGGACGUUUUUGUUCCAUUGUGUUCCGGUGUUUCUUGGUCUAUUGGGAAAGUGUGAUGUGUCGUGUUGAUUUAUCAUGCCUCGAAAUUGAUCGUUUAAGAUGAAGCGAAUCCCGCGUUCGUAAACGAAUGUCGAGGAAACAGGCCGCCGAGCUGCUUCGUUAGAAAACGGCAAACUUGCGUAGAGAUAGCGAGACGCAGCCGGAAGCAUGAUGCAAGAAAUGCUAGCGAACCUUGACUUCCUCAUGGAAGAGGGAGACGAGGAUCAAGAUACUUAUAUACUCGGUCCAACAUACAAUAACUCGGAGUCGUCCGCCAUGGAAAUUCAAUCUGAGAUGCAGCACGAUAAGGUUUCCGAUAACGUUGCUGGAUCUAAAGUGUCGAGCUCUCUCGCGGAAUCGCGCAGCCGCGACUCUCAAGCCGAAAUAAUUAUUUCAUCGGAUACCGACGACUACGACGACGGCGACGACGACGACAGGGAUUCUCAUAAUAAUACUUCCAAUGUGAUUCCAAGUAUCGGUCGCAGCGCGACAGCCAAUGACUACCCUAAGCCUUCGUCACAGUUGUCUGACGCUGAUGUAUUCUAUCUAUUUGAAUCAGACCCGAUGGAUCUGUCAGAUUGUCCGAAUCGAGCCCCAACUAUGGCCAGUAGCAACGGCUAUAGACAGGCCGCUGCCAGUAAGACUCAGGAUAAACCCGAGGCGAAAGUUGCCGAGAAAACUAACGAUGUUAUAUACACAAAGACCGUUUCCACAGGUGCGAGUAGGCUGGAGAGCCCGAGGCCAGGGUGCAGUAAAGAUUUUGACGAUACAUCCUCGAAGAACUAUUUCUCCAAUCUGGACGAAUUGCUGAAAGACUCGAGGCUGAUACACGCCCUUCUGCCGAGACUUAAUUAUCGUUUGAUCUACAGGACGCUCUGUAGGAAUCAAUUCGCGAGGAAUCGCGUCGAGCUCACGUUGUGGGACCUGUUGCCGGUGGAGAGGCCGAUGCCAAAUUUACGAAAGAGGAAAAUCUCGUGUAAGCCGCAGCUUAUGAGAUGUGACGAGAGUGCCUCUUUGCAAGAAGAUCAGGCGGACACAAGGGCGGUCGUGAAAGAGAAAAAGCAGCGUAUGAGAGACGACGACGGGAAGUUGAAAGGUGCGACACUUUCUUCAUCAGCAGGCAAGACAGAGGCGGCUGAUUCGAGCGACGCAAACGUUGUUGAGCAACUGAACGCGGCGCCGGCAAAGAAAACGAAACUCAGUGCACCGAACGAUGCCUCUUUGCAAGGAGAUGAGACGGACACGAAGACUGUCGCGACGGAGGAAGAGCGGCAGGUGAGAGAAGGCGACAUCGGACUCGAGGGCGGAGCAUCUGCGUCAGGUGCGAGCGAGAUGAAUGGGAUCGAGGUGGACGUGCCGACUGCCUCGAACAUGUGUCUUGACGCGAAUAACGUUGCCGAUCAACCGAGCGCGGUGCAGGGAUCUAGCGCGCCGGGAGGGUGCAGUGAACGCAAUAACGGCGUCCCUCUGCAAGCAGAUCAGACAGACACGAAGCAGUUCGUGAGGAAUGAAAAGCAACAUACGAGAGAAGGCGACAUCGGUAAGCAAGUUGUAGAUUUCAACACGGACGACGAUGUCGAUCGAGCGUUGGCGGUGCCGGUGAAACCAACGACAUCCAACAUUGUAGAUUUCGACACGGACGACGAUUUCGAUCGAGCGUUGGCGGUGCCGGUGAAACCAACGACAUCCAGAGCGCCGGAAGAAAGUCAUGAUCGCGGUAGCGGUGCCUCUCCGCAAGCAGAUCAAAUGGGUACGAAGCAGGUCGUGAAAAAGAAAAAGCAGCAUAUGGAAGACUACCUCGACAUAGAUGUAAACAUAGACGACGAAGACGAUUUUGCGAUGGCGGUGUCGAUGGAAUCAACGAAAUUCAGCGCGCCGGAAGGAUGCGUUAACGGCGUCUCUUCACAAGCAGAUCAGACUGGUACAAAGAUCGUGAAAAAGAAAAAGCAACGUACGAGGAAAAGCGACAUGGGUUUUGACACAGAUGACAAUGUUGUCGAUCAAGCGUCGGUGUCGGUGUCGGUGUCGGUGAAACAAUCGAAUUUCGGCCCGCCGGAAAGCUACGGCAAACGCAGUAGCGGCGCCUCUUCGCAACCCGAUCAAACAGGUACGAAGCGAGUCGUCGUGAAAAAGGAAAAAAGGGGUGCGAGAGAAGACUAUACCAGCUACUCUAAUUAUCGCAAGCUGCAAGUUGUGAAACACUGGAAAGAAGAACCAUUAGUUUAUUUCAAGCCAUGGACUGAUAGCUAUUCAGAACCCACGAAGAAUUAUCAUCCCGACAACGCAGCCUUGCCUUCUACAUCGAGGGUGUUGCAGCCAGCCAAGUUCUUAGGUUCCCACGCGCAACCCCCGUUAAAUGCUAAUUUCAAACCGCCAGUUCCUAUUUUAUCACCGCCAAAGUUACAAUUGGUCCCGGGGCCGCUGACAUUUGACUGCCAUUAUGAGAAAAUGAAACGAGUACGGCAAUAUGUGGACGCGUUACGAUCGCCGUUUGGCGAAUACGGAUCGAAUGUGUCUGUGAGUGCAGAGGCUUUGUCAAGGUUACCGGGCCCAUCAAAUGACAAAAGCGCAUCUCGCGAUGUACCACUGUCUCCUCGGACGGCAGUGCGAGCAGUCUCGCGCGGCGCGUUAGAGCGGCCGACGAGCGCGGACAUGAUAAAUGCUAAUCCUUACGCCCCGCAUUUUGGCGAAUUCUGCGCCCAGGAUAUGUUCUCUUCCGAUAUAUUCCGAGCGGCAACUGGAGAAGCAGCCGGUGUAAACGUGGCGGACCGCCAAAGAGCGGGCGGCAGCAUGGCUUGUUACAACGUUCAGGAAGCGGGCAUCGCGAGUACAUCUCAGAUCGGCAACAGGGGAAGUGAAGAGCAUUUUGUGCCACCGGUGGGUUCUAGACCUCAAAUGUUAAGCACAAUAAAAUACAAUGACAUAGCACAGAUAGGUACAGAGGAAGUGAAAGUGAAGUUGGAGGUAAAAAGCACAGCAGAUGAACAAAACGCUGGAAACUCCAGUGGCGCCACAAGCAAAGGAAAGGAGGGCAAAGGAGUGUUUCCUAACGAAAAAAAUACUCACAGAAAAAUAGUAUUAAAUGAGAGGGCUAAUAAUAUCUACCUGAAAUUAUUGCCCAUGUUCUCAACUGUAAAAACUCGAUUUAUUAAAGAGUUAUGUCACGAUUAUGUUAAAGAAUACAAUAAUUUUAAGGAAGAGUCGUUGUUGGAGGGCUUGAUUGAGACACUGCUCAGUUGUGGCCAAUAUAAUCUGAAACCGAUCAAGCCAGCUCCAGUGGUGGAAGAGGUCGAUCCAUCUUACGACAUGAAUGAGCAAUACGCUGACUUGUUGACGAUAUUCCCUGAAGCAGAUCCUGUUUAUUUAAGAAAAGUCGUCGAGGACAUGCACGGCGAUAACGAAGAAAUUAAAAAGUUUGUCCAAACGACAUUGGAAAAGCCAGAUUAUCCAACAAGGGCGCAAUAUCUGGCUAGGAAGAAGAUUACGGAACAGCAGAAGCAGUACACUACGGAUUUCAAAGUUGAGCAGUUUUUGGAGAUAUUUCCAGAUCCAUUUGCAUACUUCGAGAACGACAAGAGGAUUUGUCAAUUUAAUGCGCAUGCGAUAGAUUUUCUGAAAUAUUACUUCAGCAAAAUGAGGGUGAACACGUUGCUGAACGCAUACACUAAUGGUAUGCAUAAUUUAAGCUUAACUGCAAAGGCCUUGGAAGCGUUAAACCCCGAUAUGAAAAGUAGACGACUAAGUAAAUACAACAAGAUGGGUCUAACAGAGGAUAUACCGUUCCUUCAAGAAUGUGCUUUUAUACAACAUAAAACAGAACUGAGACUUUAUUUGAAUGAAAUGAAAGAAAAAGAAGAACAGGAAUUUAAUGAGCUUAAAUUAAAAAAUGAAUUGCUCGAAUGUCACUGCUGCUUCGACAACGAAUGUAUGCCAUCAAAGUGCUCCACGUGUGAAGAUGGCCACGUAUUUUGCAAUUCGUGCAUAGUACGGGGCACGGACGUGGUCCUAGGAGACGGCAACACACGUGUGGACUGCUUGUUAAACUGCGGAUGUGAGUUUCCUAUAUCUGUGCUUCAGCGAGUGUUACCACCGACAAAAUUCAGUAUACUGCUUUGCAAGCGGCAAGAAGCGGAGGUAAUGGCCGCUGGAGUCGAAGGCUUAGUGUCAUGUCCAUUCUGUCACUUUGCAUCUAUACCACCACCGGAAGAUAAGGUUUUUAGAUGCCUCAAUCCGGAAUGCAUGAAAGAAUCUUGCCCAUUAUGCAAGGAACUUAACCAUAUACCUCUAAAAUGCAACGAAAAGAAAACUGAGUCUGCACGUUUGUUCUUGGAAGAGAGAAUGACCGAAGCUCUGGUCCGAAAAUGCUUUAGAUGCAGCCGAACGUUUUUCAAGGAGGAAGGCUGUAAUAAAAUGACUUGUUUAUGUGGCGCGCAGAUGUGUUACAUUUGUGACAAACCAGUGACCGAUUAUAGGCACUUUCAGGGUCAAGGAGCAGAAAAUUCCAGUCUCUGUCCAUUGUGGAGUGAUGACCGUCGCCUGAAUGCAGAGUCGGUAAUAAAAGUUUGUCAGCAAACUGUGAAGCAGAUUAAAGAGAAAGAUCCUAAAAUUGAUAUAAAUGUUAAUGCACUUUUGCCGAAAUUACCGCCUAAAUCCAAGGGGCCUCAUGAGGAUAUUCAUAAUGCAAUGGUACGCGAUAGAAUAGAGGGGAGGCAAUUUCCAUAUCGAUGACAAGUUUGCGUCACUAUUAAUUAUUACAUUACCAGCAAUUUAUAUUUUUUCUUUGUUUAUUCUAAAAUGUUAUUCAAUAUUAUGUCAUAUGUCAUUAGAGUUUUUUUUCCAUAUAAUUUACGAAUCUGAACAAAAUAUAAGUAAUUAAUUAAGAUAGAAAUAGUGAGCCAAAACAGUUGCUAGUCCUAUCCAAUCAUUUGCAGUCAUAUACAUGAUUACAAGACUGGAAGUACAAAACACAAAAACAGGUAUUACAUAAUUCAUAAAUUAAGGAAUUGAACAGUGAAUUUAUAAAUUGAGGAAUUGAGCCAUAACAGUUUUGAUUGUGAACAAAAUUGGCAAGUUGAAAUAAAGUGAAGUAUAAAAUAAAACAUUAAAAGAAUUUCAAUUCUGAUUAUUUCUAAUAAGUUAUAAAUAAAAUCAACUUAUAUUGUUAUUACCUUCAAAUCAACGUUAUAAUCCCUUCGAUUCCUCAAUUUAUUUAUAGUUAUAAAUUGUUAUCAUAAACAGUAGGCAACUGAUAUUUUAACUCGAUGUAAUUUAGUGUUUUUUAUAUGAUAAACGGCAAAAUAUUUUUUAUGAGUUCACCUAUGAAAUAUAUAUUUGUUCCUAUUUUGUAGAAGCAAUUCAUAAUAAUAUAAUCCUUCUCCACUUUCAGUCAAAUGCUGAUGGAUUAUCUAUUGUGUAGAGUAAUUAUUAGUUAUUUUGUAAUAGAGCACGUUGCUGCUCAACUCUUAAUGCUUCCUAAAUUUUCUUCCCAUUAUUUGUUUAAAGCGUAAAGUUUAUACCCAGAAAGUAUAAAGGUGCAGAGCAACAAUUAAAAACUUGUUGAAUAAUCAAAUGUUAUGUGUCUGUAAUGUGUAUGUGUACGGUGGCAUAAAUAUACGCGCGUUUAUACAUUUUAAA